AUGGCUGAGGAAUCGUGGAUUGGGACGUGUGUCCAUUGCACAGAAUUGCUAGCCAGCGUGCCUCUUGCCGUCCUCCUGGUUGCCAUAUCCGCGACCCUCCUGGGAUCAUUCAUCCUUUUCUACGUCGUCCUUUACCUAGUCGCACCCGAACCGCGAAAGCCAUUACCAGAGGAGAAGCGAUACCGCACCCUUUCCAAGGAUGGAGCAAUCACCCAACCCGAACAACUGCCCUGCUGGCAAGACGCCCUGGACCGGCAGAAACGUCCCGGUCGGAUCUUUGACCAUUCCCAUAUGGAGAAGGCGGAGCUAUUCAUGUCAUUGGUGGUCCCCGCAUACAACGAGGAGGACCGUCUGGCUGGCAUGCUAGAAGAGGCAGUCAACUACCUGGAGAGGGUGUAUGGGACAUUAGGGGCGUCAUCCACCUCCAACGAGAGGGCCGGAGAUGCAGUCCGAGAGCGGAAACCGGCCAACGGCCAUGCGAACGGCCAUGCGAACGGCCAUGCCACGACAACGGCCACACCUAACGGCAAGCUUCCAUCUGGGAAGGGCUGGGAGAUUAUCAUUGUCUCCGACGGGUCCAAGGAUAAGACGGAGGAGGUCGCGUUUGCUUUUGCCCGCGACCACCAGCUUUCGUUACAUCCUAAGGGGUACGCUGGUCCUUGGACGCCGACGCCCCAUGAGGGGGUCCAUAUUCCUCCCGGCACGAUCCGGGUGGUGACUCUGGCCGAGAAUCGGGGGAAGGGCGGGGCGGUUACGCAUGGUAUGCGGCACGUCCGCGGUCAGUACGUGGUGUUCGCCGAUGCCGAUGGGGCGAGCAAGUUUGAGGAUCUGGGUAAGCUGGUUACUGCUUGUCGGCACAUUGAGGACUCGGACGGGCGUGGAGUAGCAGUGGGUUCGCGAGCGCACAUGGUUGGUAGUGAGGCUGUUGUCAAGCGUUCGAAACUACGCAAUUUUCUGAUGCAUUCGUUUCAUUUAAUACUGUGGCUUAUGACGCCUCCCAAAACAGCGACCAUCAAAGAUACCCAGUGUGGGUUCAAGUUAUUCUCGCGGGCCUCGCUGCCUUAUAUCAUCCCCUAUAUGCACUCGGAAGGAUGGAUUUUCGACGUCGAGAUGCUCAUGCUGGCUGAAUUCUCGAAUAUCCCGGUCGCAGAGGUUCCCGUGGGCUGGAGAGAGGUCAAGGGGAGCAAGCUGAAUGUCGUUCGCGAUAGCAUCGGUAUGGCUUGGGGUCUGGCUGUCCUCCGGGCUGCAUGGACAUUGGGGGUUUACAAACGGACGUGA